GAGAUUAAAGCUGCUUCCCGAAGCUCACCCCAGCGCAUGUCACCCUCUGAUUUCCUGGACAAGCUUAUGGGACGAACGUCAGGGUAUGACGCCCGGAUUCGACCCAACUUCAAAGGUCCGCCUGUCAACGUGACGUGCAACAUCUUCAUCAACAGCUUCGGCUCUGUCACCGAGACCACCAUGGAUUACCGGGUGAACGUCUUCCUGCGGCAGCAGUGGAACGACCCCCGCCUGGCUUACCACGAGUACCCCGAUGACUCCCUCGACCUCGAUCCCUCCAUGCUCGACUCCAUCUGGAAGCCAGACUUGUUCUUUGCCAACGAGAAAGGGGCCAAUUUCCACGAGGUCACCACCGACAACAAGCUGCUGCGCAUCUUCAAGAACGGCAACGUGCUCUAUAGCAUUAGGCUGACGCUGAUCCUGUCCUGCCCCAUGGACCUCAAGAACUUCCCCAUGGACAUCCAGACGUGCACCAUGCAGCUGGAGAGCUUUGGCUACACCAUGAACGACCUCAUCUUCGAGUGGCUGGAGGAGCAGGAGGCUGUGCAGGUGGCAGAGGGCUUGACGCUCCCGCAGUUCAUCCUCAGGGAUGAGAAGGACCUGGGUUAUUGCACCAAGUACUACAACACAGGCAAGUUCACCUGCAUUGAGGUGAAGUUCCACCUGGAGAGGCAGAUGGGUUACUACCUAAUCCAGAUGUACAUCCCCAGCCUGCUCAUUGUCAUCCUCUCCUGGGUCUCCUUCUGGAUCAACAUGGAUGCAGCGCCAGCCCGGGUGGGCUUGGGCAUCACCACAGUGCUCACCAUGACCACGCAGAGCGCUGGCUCCCGUGCCUCCCUGCCAAAGGUCUCCUACGUGAAGGCCAUUGACAUCUGGAUGGCUGUGUGCCUGCUCUUCGUCUUUGCCGCCUUGUUGGAGUACGCAGCCGUCAACUUCGUCUCCCGCCAGCACAAGGAGUUCAUGCGCCUGCGUCGGCGCCAGCGUCGGCAGAGGAUGGAGGAAGAGCUUGUCCGUGAGAGCCGUUUCUACUUGCGAGGCUAUGGGCUGGGCCACUGCCUGCAGCCGAAGGACAGGGCUGGGGAGGGCCCUGGCAUCUACAACCCACCCCCAGCCAGCGUCCUGCUGCGGGAAGGGGAGAGGCUCUGCAGGUGCUACAUCGACCGGGCCAAGCGCAUCGACACCAUCUCCCGAGCAGUCUUCCCCUUCACCUUCCUGGUCUUCAAUAUCUUCUACUGGGUCAUCUACAAAGUGCUGCGCUCAGAGGACAUCCACUCGGUGCCCUGA